UGACAUCAAACUCCAAACAAGCAAUGGAUAUACAUCAGAGCUACUCACAAGACAGACUACUGUCAAUCGAUAAACAGCUGGAAGAUAUUGAUUUCAAUCUUGAGAAAUAUUUUGAGAAUUAUAAUCUGAAGCAACUACGAUAUUUUUUGAAGGAAGCUGAUGCUGAACAGGUUACUGAGGAUGCGAUAAAUGAAGAUGAGAAGGCUAGCACAAGUUCCAAAAUCCUAGAAAAUAUAAGCUCACAAAAAAUCAAGAAACAGGAUUACAUUGAGCUUGUUGAAUUGUGCAACCAGCUAUGGAUUGUCAAUGGAUUGGUGAACGAAUUGGCUCAUCAGACCCAAUUCGAGGAUAGAGUACAAUCUUAUCUGAAACUCAAAUCCAGAACGGAUGAAAUCAAAAGAAGUAUUGACCAAUUUGGUGAUGAGGGGCCAGUGAAAGUGUUGAGUGCUCUAGAUGAUAAGAUCAGUGAGCUAAAGCUCGAACUUGUCAACCUGGCCCAGAGUAAACUUCAUGUUUUUUUGACAAUAAGCGAUGAUCUCGAUGUUCACUACAGUAAUACAGUGGAUGAGUUACCCUUCUUCGCAUUCUUGAAAUGUUGUCGAAGUAUUUCAAGCUCGGAUUCAGAUUCUCUCUUCAACUUCAAUAAGCUUUUUAACAGUUGGCUGCAAAAGUUUCUCGAAAAACUAAACAAAGGGUUUUCGGCUGCUUUUCAACAAACUCCUAAGACACUUGAGCUAACUUUGAAACCAGGUAAACCAGAUCUUUUGGAUUUUACACAAUCUAUUGAGCAGCUGAUACUUUUUCUGAAUAGCCUGGCUGCGCAGAACGAAAGCAUGGUAGAACUGAAAAAUACCAGGACGAUAUUGGGGAAGAGCAUAUUGAAAUCGUUGAAGCAUACCAUAUUUUCCAAAGAAAAUGUUUAUCCAUUGAUUGUGGACAAAAUGAAUUAUGAUGAACAUUUGAGUCAGAAAGGUAGUAAAGUUUCAAUUGUUGCCGCACUAUACAAAGUUUCCAAAUUAUUGUCAUCAGCAGGAUGGUCCAAAGAUGGGAUUUGUGAACUGGAAUUUUGGAUCGACGACUUGACUAAUUCUUGGAUUGAUAACCUAAUAGAUUUUACUAUCGACGAUCUUAAGUUGUUUGUCAUCAGUCUUGUGAAUAAGGAAAAGGCGGAUUUGUUGAAAGAAUCAAAUUUGAUUUGCAAGGAAGUUGAUGUAGUACCAAAUGCCCCUCGAGUUCCGGACACCAAGCCACAAGAACCUGUAAAGGAAUCGGGAGAAGAUGGAUGGGGAGAUGGAUGGGAGAAUAAUGAUGGUUGGGAUGAUGACGACGACGAUGACGACGACGGCAACUCUAGUAAUGAUGCUAACGCACAUAAAAAAGAAGCCAAUGAUAGUUAUAAGUUAAGUGGCGAGAUAGAACAGAGUUUGGUUGAUGAAGAUGAAGGCUGGAACGAUAACGACCUGGAUCUGGACCUUAAUUCCGCUGAUCAGCCUCAGGACAAUACUGAAGAUGAAGAUGGAUGGGACGCCUGGGAAGAUGACGUCAAACUUGACGGAGAAGAAGAAGAUAAAAAUGUGCAAAUUCCUCUUAUUAGCAGGCCGUUGGUUCCAUCUUAUAAAUAUUCAAAAUUAGUUGACGAGGUUAUGCUUAUUAUUGGUGAUUAUAUGAAAAAUCUUGAAGGUUUGAAGGAACUUGGAGUGAGUAAGGAUCAUUUUGAUGAAGCACGCGGUUUAUUUAAACAUGGGUUUAAAAAAUUGUGUGUUUCCUAUUUCAUGUUGGUUGAAUCAAAUAUUGCAGAGACAUAUCAAAAUGAGAUUUUGUUUUACAACGAUUAUAACAAAAUACUUGAAGAGUGUUACAAUGCGUAUGAGGUCGAUUUGACAACUUGUUUCAAAAUGAGCUCCAGGUUUAUUAAUACUUUGAAGUCAAACCUUUACUCAAACCUUUCAAGUGUGAUCGAGGACUACAACGAAGUUAUAUGGAAUGACAAUAACUUGGACAACGACCUCCAACUAAGAAAACGUGGGAAGGAAUUCUUAAUGAGGUUUGACAACGAAUUUGAUAUAGUCAACAAGAAACUCACCAAGCUAAUUGGUUACAAUACUCAGCUAAUCACUAAUUUUUUUGUCACCGUGAUUUUCCAGUAUUUCAAUAGCAUAUGUGACAAAGUGUUGGCUAGAACUGAUAUAUCAUCGUAUGAGUCUGAGCUAUUAACCGGAAUCAUCAAUGCUGUAGUUACCAACACAAUCAAUAAAACGAAGAGUUUGAACCUUAUGGUAGAAAAAAUCCAAAGUUAUAAUAAAUUACAGCAGAUCAAAUUGAUUCUUUCGUCGAACUUGAAAGAAAUUUUAGAUGCUUUUUACGACGCCAAGUUAUUCGAAAUGGAGACACAUGAAAUGAUAUCACUCAUUCAGAGCUUAUUUAUAGAGAGUUCUCAAAGAAUGGAUGCAAUCACUAACAUCAAAACCGCAAGAGAAACCCAAAUGUAAGUCUGUCUGAAUGUUUUGUUUUCUUUCUAUGUAUAUUUUUAUAAAAGGAUUACAAAAGUUACAAUUCAUCGUGUAAAUUUUUAACCAAUUUAUUAUCUUUUAGUGGUAAAAUUACCACAUACUCUAUGAACAAAUCUCCAAAUUCAUCAUUCCCCCCCAUUAUCGGCAUACCUUUUCCCUUAAUGAUUUCCACUUCACCAUUCUGUACAAACACGUUCUCAUCCCUAGAAA